AUGGUCGUCGGUACAUACCGGCGUCUUCACUUUGAGGAUACAGAAACUGGUGCCUCAAGCCCGCGAUCAUCUUCACCGACCACAAAACCUACUUUUCCGUGGAUUCUGCACGCGCUUUUGUUUGGCAUUUCAGUGGCCACGGGAGUUCUGGUUGCCUUGCUUCUGCCCCGUUACGGGCUCACUGAUUCUUCCAUCAAUGCACAGGAAGGCCCCAUCGGGCCCAGUCGUCGACUACUAGAUGUGCGAUUUACUGGGACCUUCAAUGUUAACAAUUCAUUCAAGGGGCCCCCGAACUUAGAGACAGCUGCCGCCUGGGGGGGCAUCUUGCGACCUGGGGUCCUUGCCGUGGAGAAGGAUACAUGGGAGCGCUCCAAGCCCCAGUACCCUGAUUCUAGUGUCCAGAUUCCAAGCGUGAUAGGAGAUAGAUCUGAAAGUAAAUAUAUGGCAACGCUAGAGGUUACCCAUCAGCUGAAUUGUCUUUAUAAUCUGGUAAAGCUGAACUAUUUGAAUCAUUUUGAGGACCUUCAAAAGAGUCGUGAGCAUAACCUUGCGCACGAACAGGAACGCGUCGACCAUUGCAUUGACAUCCUUCGCCAGAAAAUCAUGUGCGAUGCAGACUCAAACCUUGUCACAUACAACUGGGUUCAGCGUGUGCGAUCGCCAGUGGCUAAUUUUAAUAGUCAUCAUCAGUGCCAUGACUUCAAGGAAGUUAUGGGCUGGGCUGAGGAACAUUCUUUUGCAUCUACUCUAGACUUUGAGAAACCUACGGAGAUAGUGGGGUUACAAGAAUAUCCAUAA